AUGAUCACUGAUCACAACCAUGAUAUUCCAACAAUGGAAGUAUUUAAACAGCUACCUAAACAAAGAAAGCUCUUUGAUGAAUAUAAAAAAACAGCUUUGACGAUGAUGAAAUUAAAAGUUAAUAAAAAACUCUUACAAGCAGAGUUACUGGAAAAGACAGGAAAUUCAAUAUUGCUACGUGAUUUGUCAAAUAUCAAACAUAAUUUUUACAGUAAUAAUAGUGACGUGCAACAGGACUGCCAAAACAUCAAUAAUUUGGUAUUGAAUGAAGGACUUGCAGAACAUGAUUAUUAUAGUAUUAAUACCAUAGCAAAACAGGAUUACCAAAACACUGACAUUAUCAACGAAAGUGUUAUUGACAGUAUACUGGAACUAGAUUUUUCUCAAUCUGUAGAGAUAGAAGAAGUUAUCUGUAAUAUGAAUUAUUCAGAAAUUGUUGAUGAUGGAUCUUGUUUACACAACAUAUGUAUGUACACAGUUUAG